AUGGUCUCCUUUGGCUCUCCUGGUUUUGCAGUUCUAUGCGUAACAUUUUUAACGUCUCUGGUGCGGUCUCAAAGUGCAAGUGAUCUUUAUGGAACAUGGUCGUCAAAGUCCAACCAAGUGUUUACAGGCCCUGGUUUCUUUGAUCCAACUGAAGAGCUAUUAAUAGAGCCUUCACUACCUGGUAUAUCGUAUUCCUUCACGGAAGACGGGUUUUUUGAAGAGGCUAGUUACCGUGUAGUAGGAAAUGCUAGGGAUCACAAGUGUCCGACUGCAGUGAUGACCUUUCAACACGGUACUUAUAAAAUCGAGGCUAAUGGAACCUUAGUGUUGACCCCAUUUGGCGUUGACGGAAGACAAUUAGUCAGUGAACCAUGCAAAGACGGCGGGAAGUCCACAUACGUUCGCUAUAACCAGGUCGAGACAUUCAACGGUUUCACGGUUCAAAUCGAUCCCUACCAUGGGAAGUAUACCCUACAACUAUACCAGUUCGACGGUGCUCCGUUGCAACCCCUAUACUUGGCAUACAGGCCCCCCCAGAUGCUUCCCACAACCACUUUAAACCCUACCGAAGCAGAGAGCCCUCAGGUAACCGAUUCUUCUGGUAAUAAAUUUCGUAAAAGAAGCUUGAGAGAACUCGUCAGAAGAGGCUUGGAGAACAAAUACAAGACGAACGCUGUUAAAAAGAACAUCCUAUUCGACGAAGCUCUCUGUUGGAAGAUUGGUGCGUCCCUGAUUGGCCUCGGUUCUUUGAUAUUCUUCCUGGUCUAA